AUGCCCAAAUCAAAGAUAGAUGAUCUUGGGUUUCUAGAAAUUACCCCUGGAAUAGACCCGGUUGUCGAUAUCGUCGCUAUUCAUGGCUUGCAGGGGCAUAGGGAAAAGACAUGGACAACGGAUGAUGGACACCUUUGGCUGCGUGACCUUUUGCCGGUCGAUAUACCGAACGCUCGAAUUCUUGCAUACGGCUAUGAUGCCGACACUCGCAGCCGAGAGUGUGUAUCAACAAAUACAAUGUAUCUACAUGCCAAGGGGCUAGCCCAGGCUCUCUCGCGGGCACGGAAAGACCACCCUCGGCGCCCCAUCAUUUUCGUUGCGUAUGAUCUAGGAGGCAUCAUUCUCAAAUGGGCUCUCGUUAUCUGCCAUACGCAAAGCUUAACAUCAGAUUAUCACAAGCUUCGCGAUGUCCUCGUGUCCACACACGCAAUCCUAUUCUUCGGGACGCCACACUCCGGUCUCGAGAGUAUCACCUCGCUCGAAGUAAUCAACCGUUUCGCGUCACUAUACAUGAAAACUACAGACGUUAUCAUCAAGGAUCUUCAAUCUCAUUCAUCCGAGCUUGCAAACAUACAAGAUUUAUACACUACAGCGAGCGAGAAAAUAAGCAGCAUAUUCUUCUGCGAAGAAUACGUAACGUCGAACACUGCGGAUCAACGAGAUCUGAAUAUCCCGUAUCACUCGGCGACUAUCCCUGGCGACCGCAACGCAACGACAAUCGUCCUUCAUGCGAAUCACCACAAUCUGGUCCGAUUUUCAUCCAAGGAGGACGACAAUUAUAAAGCGGUUCAGUACCAUAUCAAAGACUAUGUCAACGGUGCGCCUGCAGCUGUUCAGGAGAAGUGGAUUACGGAGAACAGGCUUCGUGAUGCGGCAAAGGGAAAGCAAGCUUCCCUAGACCUCCCACUGCCUAAAUCUCGUCCACCUGUAUUAAGAGACUACAUCGAGCGAAAAGUGAUUCAAUCCCUCAUCACGGAAAAGUUGCUUCCGGGCAGCGUACAGAAUCAACCACGGUGUAUAUUACACGGAAUCGGAGGUUCAGGCAAGACUCAGCUUGCAACGAGAUGGAUUCGGGAUCACGAAGCCAGAUUCACUAGGGUGAUUUUUAUUGAUGCUUCCAGUCAGGCACAAAUCGAAGCAGAUUUGGAGCGGUCAAUCCGCUCUUUGGGCCCAGAAUAUAGCAAGAUGACCUGGGCGGACGCGGUGGCCUACCUCGACGGCAAGGAAAAAGGCUGGCUCCUGUUUCUUGACAAUGCCGACCUCCCGGAUCUAAACCUUCGCCCAUACCUACCUAAUUCCGUUUAUGGAUCAAUUUUGAUCACUACGAGGAACAGUGAAUGCAUCAGCUACGCUCGGGACGGUGCAAUUCCCGUGGGUGGUCUCGAGGAAACCGAAGCGAUCAAUCUUCUUCACAAAAUCGCCAAUAUCUCACCUCAAUCCAACACUCAGUCUAUUGAGAUCGUUCGGGAGUUGGGGAUGCUCGCGCUCGCGAUUACUCGGGCGGGUGCAUACAUUCGCGAGACCCGGCGACUCGAAACAUACUUGGACACCUUUCGAAAGCAUCGAGACGAAAUGUUGGACGAGAAGCCAGACGUAGGCGACGAAUACACAUCCUCAACGUACACCGCGUUCGACCUGUCAUUCCGCAUCUUACCGGCUCAUACACAGAGCUUUUUGGACCUUUGUGCAUUUCUUAACCACUCGAAUAUCCCAAUAUCUUUGUUUGAGGAGUCGAUGGGUACCGGUUUCGCUACAUACACGGUCCUGGAUGACUUUCCUCCACCAGAAAGUGACCAAGUAUACAUCUCAAAGCUCCAGGAGAUUCUAGGCAUGAUGUGGAACGAAAAGAAAUUCCAGAAGAUUGUUAAAUCUGCAUCGCGCGCGUCGUUUAUUGACGUUUCGACUGAUGGACUAUCCUACUCUGUCCACCCCAUCCUUCAAAUGUACAUCAAGCAUCAUCUGAGCGAUGAUGAUAACAGACUUUAUGAACGUACGACGAUGCAGCUCGUGCUUGGUGCGAUUCGGCCAUCGGAGGGUGGCAAUGCGCGCCUUUGGCAGUUGCUUCCACACGUUCAAAAAAUCCCUAGAUCGGCCCAAUCGGAGAAUUUGGUGCAUUCAUUAGCCUUCUACACACUUUACGAUGCAUUGGGGGACUGGAAGGCAUGCCGAGAGCUAUUAGAGUCCGCGCUUUCACAAGUUCAGCACCGUCACGGCCAAAAGCACGAAAGUGUCCUCUUUUUGAUGGAACAACUCGGCCGGGUAUUACAGGACUGUGGCCAGUCGGAUCAAUCGGAAAAGCUUCAGCAGGAAGUACUUGCACUCCGGUUAGAGAUUGUUGGACCACGCCAUCCAGACACUAUUACUGCAAUGGGCAACCUUGCUAACACCUUGCACAACCUUGGUCAGUUAGACAAGGCGGAAAAGAUGAGACGAGAAGUACUCGCUCUGCGGUUGGAGAUUGUUGGACCACGCCAUCCGGCCACCAUUCUGGCAAUGAACAACCUCGCGGGUACCUUGCACGCCCUUGGUCAGUUGGACGAGGCUGAAAAGAUUCAGCGAGAGGUGCUCGCCCUGCGGCUGGAGAUCCUUGAACCACAUCAUCCAGACACUAUCUCGUCAAUGAACAACCUUGCGGGUAUCUUGCAUGAGCGUGGUCAGCUGGAAGAGGCAGAAAAGAUUGUACGAGAGGUACUUGCUCUGCGGCUUGACAUCCUUGGACCACGUCAUCCAAACACCAUCGUGGCAAGGAGCAACCUCGCAACCAUCUUGUACAGCCGUGGUGAGUUAGAUGCGGCGGAAAGGCUUGAGCGAGAGAUAGUCGCUCUGCGGCUUGACAUCCUUGGAUCACGUCAUCCAGCCACCAUUUUGGCAAUGGGUAACCUUGCCGGCAGCUUGCGCGACCUGGGUCAGUUGGAAGAGGCAGAAAAGAUAGAGCGAGAGGUCUUUGCUCUGCGGCUGGAAAUCCUUGGACAACGCCACCCAGACACCAUUUUGGCAAUGAACAACCUUGCAGGUACCUUGCACAAGCUUGGUCAAUUGGACGAGGCAGAAAAGCUUGAACGAGAGGUACUCGCUCUGUGGCUUGACAUCCUUGGUCCACGCAAUCCGAACACCCUUCUGGCAAUGAACAACCUUGCACCCACCUUGCAUGAAAGUGGUCAACUGGAUGAGGCAGAAAAGCUUGAGCGGGAGGUUCUUGCCCUAUGGCUUGACGUCCGUGGACCACGGGAUCCAGACACCAUUUUGGCAAUGGAUCACCUUGCAAGCACCUUGUACGACCGUGAUCAGCUGGAAGAGGCGCAAAUGCUUCAACAAACGGCACUUGCUCUCCGGCUGGAGAUCUUUGGACGGCGCCAUCCAGGCACUAUUUUGGCAAUAGCCAACCUUGCCAAUACACUUUAUCAAUGUGGCCAGCUGGACGAUGCGGAGAAACUAGAGCAAGCAGUACUUGCUCUACGUCUGGAGAUGCUUGGACCACGGCAUCCAGAAACUCUGGAUGCCUCGUACAAUCUCUCUAUGACUUUGUUCAAGAACAAUAAACUCGAAGAGGCUGCAAGGCUUCUGCAAGAGACCAUGGAAUUACGCGUUGAAGUCUUGGGUGCGGAUCAUCGUUGUACUGUGAAAUCAAAGGAGCUCCUGGAUACCAUUUAA